UUGUAAACAUCAUUAAAAAAGAGGUAUUUUUUCCACUUUUUAAUCACAGGAUGGGUUGUCAAAUAGUGCACAACUCACCACAUUUCAGAUCAGAUUGUGCGGUGCUUUGCUUGCCUUUGGGACGUUUUAGAGGUGCGUAAUUUUCUUUCCAGGGAGGCACAAUUUAGGGAUUAUUUUGGUGCUUAAAUCAGAAAUAAGAAUUAUUUCAAUUAUUUAUUGUACUUUAUUUUAUAUCUAAUUUAGGGGUGAUUUAAUGCAUAGCAUAAAUCAGAGGAAGCCGAUCACGUGCACGUUUCUAAAACAAAAAAAACACCAUUUCCCAGACAGCUUUGCUGUUAGAGCAACAAAGAUGGCGAUGCAGCUCGGUGUUUCAGGACGUGAUAAGAAUUGUGAAACGUACAACAGAUGAAUUAAAGGAGCGACAACAGGCACGGCACUGCAGACAAUUUACCACUGCGGGUCAACUACAUCACACUGAACUGUCCACGUUGGGGGUUAAUCGGAUAUAAUGCCUUCUCCCAAAGCUAAAAACCCCGUUCGCAGCGGAGGAAGCCCAGUGCUCGGCAGCUCCAACGGCCGCUAUGAGUUCAUGUCGCUGACUAAGCCGCUGAACCGGUCUUCUCCGCCGCAUCUCCUCCAGCGGCAGGGCUCCGACCCGACCACCGCCCGCCUCCGAGCCUCGGAGAGCCCCACUCGGCGCCGGGGCUCUAGCUCCUCCACGGGAAGCGGACAGGGGCUGCCAGAGGAGGACGGUAUACGGCUCAACCCUUCCUUCAUCCGCGUUGCGCUCAGCUCCCUUCUCGCCAUCGACCUGUGGAUGUCCAAGCGGCUGGGGGUGUGCGCCUGCGAGGACUCGUCCUGGGGGAGUGUGCGUCCGUUAAUGAAACUGAUAGAGAUAUCGGGACAUGGCAUCCCCUGGCUGGCUGGGACCGCCUACUGUCUGUACAAGAGUGACAGCGCUGCAGGACAAGAAGUCAUGCUCAACCUCCUCAUGGGUCUGCUGUUGGACCUCGUCCUGGUUGCCAUUGUUAAAGCAGUGGUACGUCGGCGUCGGCCAGCACAUAACCGCAUGGACAUGUUUGCCACCUUUUCCGUGGACCGCUACUCCUUCCCUUCAGGCCACGCUACCCGUGCUGCCAUGUGUGGGCGUUUCCUGCUGGCACACCUCGUGCUGGCCGCCCCGCUGAGGGUGCUCGUCCUGCUGUGGGCCGGCCUGGUGGGGCUGAGCCGAGUGAUGCUGGGCCGGCACAAUGUGACAGACGUGAUGUUUGGCUUCUGGAUGGGUUACUGCCAGUAUAACCUUGUGGAGAUGUUGUGGCUCUCACCUCAAACGCUGCAAGGGCUGCUGGGACAGUUAGCCUAAUAUAAAGGAUUGAAGGAGGAGGAGACAAGGCGGUUAAAGUCUUGAUUGUCAGAGCGCCUGCACAUCUUUUGUCUUUUAGACUGGUACAUAAGAGAAAUAGUAUUUUGACUAGAGAAGAGAGCUCUAUCAAACACAGCUUCGUUCUGCAGUUAUCUGACAAUUAAAGCUUCAGCGUGUAGCAUUUAGGGGCAUCUGUUGGCAGAAAUUGAAUAUAAUACUCAUGAUUAUGUUUUCAUCAGCGGAUUAUCACCUGAAUCAUGUUUUAGUCAGCUUUUAAUGAGCUCUUUACAUCAACAUAGGACACAGGUUCUCUGCUGCAGUAGCCUGGAGGAGACAAACCAAACGCCAGCUCUAGAGAGGCCUUUGCACAUUUUUGCUUCAUCUGAAGGCCACCGUAGAUUCCAAUACAUGUUUGGGAAUGGAGGUGAGAGCCGAGUGGUAUUCAGGUGGUUGCAAUUUUCAACCUCACCACUAGAUGACACUAAAUUCCACACGCAGCUUUAAAUUCAAAGGUCGCUUUAGGUCCUCGUUUUAAGGUUGCAAUUACCAGCCAGCUUGCAAUGAGAAGUGCAGGUUUUUUAAUCAGAGUAGACCAGUAGAAAAAGUUUUUUUCCAUUUUCCAUCCUUAAGCCCCCUCACUCCUACUGGUCUAUAAUUCACUGGAAAUUAUUUAAACUAGUACACUUUUGUUCCUUAGGAAAUAUUCAUUUCAAAGACUGAGAUUUCCACUUGAGAAUCUGAC